AUGGCUGUGCAUGGUGCAACGGAAGACUCCAGCUUGACGAAGCCAGGCCAGCAGCCAGAGGGCAGCGGAGCCCCCCUGGGGCCGCUGGAUGGCCCAGAGCCCAUGGAGGUGGAGGAGCAGGCUCCAGACCAGCAAGCCGUGUGGAGGAAGGCCCAGGAGUUUUUCCAGACCUGUGACACUGAGGGCAAGGGCUUCAUUGCUAGGACAGACAUGCAGAGGCUGCGGAAGGAGCUGUCCCUCAGCCUGGAGGACCUGGAAGACGUGUUCGAUGCCCUGGACGCUGACGGCAAUGGUUUCCUGACCCCGCACGAGUUCACCGUUGGAUUUAGCCACUUCUUCUUCAGCCAGAGUAACCUGGGUUCCAAAGACGCAGGGGAGCAGGUGGCGCGGCUCCAGGAGGAGGAGGUGUACCAGUCCAGAGCGGGCGAGGACCCGCGAGACCCCGACCCCGACGAGGAAGCCCAGUUCCAGAUGCUCAUGGACAAACUGGGAGCCCAGAAGGUUUUGGAAGAUGAAAGCGACGUCAGGCGGCUCUGGUUACAGCUGAAGGAGGAUGAGCCUCACUUACUGUCCCACUUCGAAGACCUCCUCACCACCAUCUUUUCUCGGCUCCAAGAAGCCCACGAGGAGAAGAAGGAACUGGAGUACGCCCUUAAAAAGAAAAUCGCUGCUUACGAUGAAGAGAUCCAGCAUCUCUAUGAGGAGAUGGAACAGCAAAUGAAAAAUGAGAGAGAGCAGUUUCUUCUGAAAGACACAGAGAGAUUCCAGGCCCGCAGUCAGGAGCUGGAAAGCAAGCUGAUGGCCAAGGAGCAAGAGCUGGAGCGGCUCAACCAGAAGCAGAGGAGGCUGGAGGGCCAGUGCGCAGCCCUGCACAGCGACAAGCAUGAGACCAAGGCUGAGAACAGCAAGCUGCGAGUCACCAACCAGGAGCUGGCCCGGGAGCUGGAGCGCACCUGCGGCGAGCUCCAGGAGGCGCAGCGGCAGCUGGAGAGUCUGCAGCGGGAGGCCUGCGAGUUGCAACAGGAGAAGGAGCUGGAAGUGUACCGGGUGACAGAGAGCCUGCAGCGAGAGAAGUGCGGCCUGUUGAAGCAGCUGGAUUUCCUGAGGGAAAGGAACAAACACCUUCGGGACGAACGAGACAUAAGUUUUCAGAAAGAUAGAGCGGCCAAGGCAAGCACAGCGGCCUCCAAGGCGAGCUGGAAGCAGAGAUCUGGCUCGGUGAUCGGCAAAUACGUGGACGGCAGAGGGGUUCUGGGAAGCCAGUCAGAGGAGGAGGAAGAUGUGUUUGGUGUCCAGAGGAGAAGAAGCUCCCUCGGCCUGAGCGGGUAUCCCCCGAGCGAAGAGGAACUGGGCACUGUAGAGCCAGGGGCUGGGGGCCCACCCCGGCGGGCGCUCCGUAGAAUCAUCUCCAUCGAGGAGGACCCCCUCCCCCAGCUCCUGGACAGUAGCUCGGGCCAGCCGCUGAGCAGGUGCCCAGAAGAAGAAGAGGAGGAGGUCUCUGACCGGGGGACACAAGGGCAAAGCCCAGAAGCCGCAGCCACCUUGGAAGUCACCCCCACGUCUCCCCGGGGGCAGCCCGUUGGCAAAGAAGCCUUUGGUAAGGAGGAGAGCCCUCUGGCGACCCCAGACAGACUCUUCAAGGUUGUGUUUGUGGGCGACUCCGCGGUGGGAAAGACGUCCUUUCUGCAGAGGCUCUGCGAGGAUCGCUUCUCUACAAGCAUGGCAGCCACUGUGGGCAUCGAUUACCGCGUGAAGACCAUCACCGUGGAUGGCUCCCGGGUGGCCUUGCAGCUGUGGGACACAGCUGGACAGGAGAGGUACCGCUGUGUCACCCAGCAGUUCUUCAGGAAGGCCGACGGUGUGGUCGUCAUGUACGACCUUACAGCCAAACAGUCUUUCCUGUCAAUCCGGCAGUGGCUGAGCAGCGUGGAGGAAGCUGUGGGAGACCGCGUUCCUGUGCUUCUGCUGGGCAAUAAACUUGACAAGGAGCAGGAGCGGGAAGUCCCGCGGGGUCUCGGGGAGCAGCUUGCCAAGGAGAACAGUCUCAUCUUCUAUGAAUGCAGUGCUCACUCCGGUCACAACACGAAAGAGUCCCUCCUUCACCUGGCCAGGUUCCUCAAGGAGCAGGAAGACACAGCAAGGGUGGACACCGUCCAGAUUGCGCCCCCCUCCAAGAAGUCCUGCUGUGGCUGACGGGACACCUUCAGCCACUGGCUGUGCCCAAACCCAGGGUCACGGGAUUAUUCUGCUCAAGAGGUCAAGCUCCCCCUCAACCUGGCCCCUUGUUGGUGACUCGACACCCCCCCCCCGCCCCCCAGCAGAAGGAAGCAUUUAGUCAGGAAGGAUGGUCUUCCAGGAGCUUGGAAUCUGGUCCUCCCUUUCCUCUCCUACAACCCAAAUACUCACUUCUCUUUUCCUUCACCUCCAGCUUUAUUCCCUAAAGAGAAGAAGCAAAUGGGUCUCUCCAGAAAAAAAAAAAAAAAAAAAAAAAAAAAAAA